UCUUGUUAUUCCUGCGAGAGAGACUGCACUGGUAGAUCUGUAGAUCUCUACGUAGGCCACAGGGUCGUGCAUGUAGUCGCUGUUUCCUUGCAAUAAAGUCAGUACUAGUACUCUCAUCCUAGCUCUCGGCGUCGUCAAGGUCCUAUUGGCUAUUGACGUAUGUAGUGGAAUCAUGUACAUGCUUUAUUCCCAAGUUCUCAUCACUCACCAAGACUGGACCAAUUUGACUGAACAGUUUCUGGGCUGAACAUCUCUCUCCAGCUAUAUCGCACAGGAGGUGGUGGAGAUCAGUCUUGCUGAAGAGAAUACACCAACACAGCAUGUUUGCUUCAAAGUUACGUGGCAAUCUGAAGAGGGUCGGUUACUUUGUUCAGCAUGGCUAUGGUGUGAGCACAGUAGCCACGUCAAAACUCAAUGUUACUGGCAAGUUGAUAUCCACUCCGGCAUCACCACACUACAUUCCAGGUGUGAAAUAUCAGUCAAACUGGUCUGGCAAUCAUGGCACUAGUGUACGAGAUGCCUAUAAUGCAAUUGAUUCAAUCUUCGAUAGAAUUAACAAGACACACACAUUUCAAGCUAUUGAUUUGAUAUCUCAAUGUGCUCUUAUUCAACGGCAUGUAACUGACCUACGGCAUCCAAGUAUGGUUAAGAGUAUCCUACAGGCGUGUGCUCUGAUCACGGAGGUGAACACUGACGUGACCAAGUUGGCAGUAUCUGCACUUAAUCAGCUAGCCAGUCUACCCACUGAUGUCUGGAAAGACUACAAGAAUCAACAGCGCCUGAGACGGGUACUGGACUUCGCUGCAAAGUGUCGCUGUACAAGUCCAGUGUUCACGAAGUUACUUCAGCAGCAGCUUGAUGUCCUGUGCCUUGAUCAAUGCAGAGAUGUUGCCCAGUGUACCUAUGCACUGUUCAUGUUGAAUUCACCCGACCGUUGCCUGGCGCAAAACUUGCUGAAUCGCUAUUUGACCAUCCAGAGUACAGGUGAUCCCAAGUAUCGUCAUAAUGUAGUACUCUCACUACUUCUCUACUGUACACUGUGUGGUGUAGAGUGCAGUGCCUUGCUGAAGCUGAUCAGUGUUGAUCAACUGAUACAGAAAUGCGAUGGCACACACCUGCAACUGCUACUUUUGCACAACACUCUCCCGGUUACUGCUAGUCAACGACAACAGAUAAUUGACAAGUGUUCAGUGAGGUUCCAGGAUAAUGUACCAAGUCAGAACACAGGUCGAAUGUAUGACAUGCUGUCAUACUUCAUUGGCUCAAAGUACACCACUGGCAUGUCUCUGGUUGAUGGUGUGAACGUUCAGGCAUUCUGCAUAUACAACCAAGACCAUGAACCAGUGGAGACUGACGCGUAUCCAGCCAAUGUAUACAAUGGUGUAUCAGUAGAUAUGACAGCAGCUAGACAUCAUGGUUUCAGUGUUGUGGCCUGCCUGGGUGUGAUGGAUACAAGACUACUACGUCAUCCAGGUCAUGUUCCCAGUGGUUAUGCUGUUCUUGAAGCAUCGGCACUGAAGUGGCAAGGAUGCUACUGUAUUCCGAUGAUCCUUGAACACGGGGCAGCAAAGACCCAGAAAAGUAGCCGAUUUGUUCCUGAUCUUAUGAUCAAUUAUCCCGAUCACAUUCCAGUGUUCAAACAUCUACUGGCACCCAAGCAGUGAUGGUCACCGGCAGUCACAUCUCACAGCGUGCUUUGACACCGUCCUUUGUUUUGGAAGUGGCUCCGAAUUUGCUGGGUGGAUGUCGUAUCAUUACCAAGCACACCAAUGCACGGGACCGGUUGAUCUUGAACUUGAGCAGGGGAAAGCAAGUAUUCUAUUUAGUCCUGCACACUAGCGUAUAGUCACUCUCUGCUCUGAAUUGAUGUCGUCUGCCUUGAUUAUUGGAAGUUGGAACAGCCAAGGCAGUGACAAACAAGUUUUACACAUGCAUGUAAUUCUUGAUGCAAGACCAUUUGUUUACACUUCAUCUUGCCCGGAAUUGCUCCCACCGAUGACUUUCACGGUCGGUCAUUCUGGUGUAUUGUAGAUGAUGUGACUUUUUGACUGAAGCUUCAGGUG